GUUUCAUCAAUGUAUUAUACGUGGUCAUAUUACUUAUAAUACUGCGUAUAUGUACUUGUUGCAACUGUUACUAAUAUAGCCGAUUAACAGCAAUAUGAAAUUAUUGCGGGCCGCCAACUGCAGCUGCUUCGGAAGUUCUAUUUCCAUGGCAUGGUACUACGUACGCGUACAGUGUAGCAUGUAUGCGAUUCAUACGUGCCCAUCGGUAUCUGGUAAAACCUGGUAACAUUCGCAGAUUAGAAAACAUUUGUAGGCGCUCCGCGCGUAAAAAGAGCCAAUUCACAUUAAGUAUUAUUAAGUAUCGCUGCUUGUGAUGAUAUUUCAUUAUGAACGUAUCUACGGAGUCGAACCGCCGCAGUCGAUUUCGUUCUGAAGUUCUCAUCGAAAAAUGGUCAUCUUUAAAGAUGAAUGUCUCAUGACAAAAAGGAACGAUCGAUCAACCGUCUCCUUUAUUCCAUCCGUUCUCUACUUUGACCUUUGCUCACACAUACUUAUGUAUGUAUAUACGUAUAGUAUAGAUGUUUGCAAUGAUAACAGUUCUCCGAGUGAACUUAGCGUUCCUGUUCUGCCGGAUACAAAUUGGGGGCCGAACAGCGGGAGAGAAUCCAUCAGCACCGAAAUACGACCUUUCAAAGUCGACGUGCCGGCAUCGGUGAUAGAUGAUUUGAAAUAUCGUCUCGCGCAUAGAAGACCGUAUGUACCACCGUUGGAGGAUGAAGCAUGGAAUUACGGUAUUUCUAGCAAGUACCUCGACACGGUACUCGAUUACUGGAAAGACAAGUACAAUUGGACCGAGAGACAAGCUGUGCUGAACAAAUAUCCUCAAUUCGUCACAAAUAUUCAAGGUCUGGACAUACAUUUUUAUCACGUGAAACCGACAAAUCUGCCGAACGAGAAAAAGUUGAAAGUACUGCCUUUACUGAUGCUACACGGAUGGCCUGGAUCCGUGGUGGAAUUCCAAAAAAUUAUACCCAUGCUGAGGAAACCGUGGCCUAAUCAGAAUUUUGUGUUCGAAAUUAUUGCGCCGUCGCUUCCUGGCUACGGAUUCUCGCAAGCAGCGGUACGAGCAGGCAUGGGUGGCGCUCAGAUUGCGGUCGUAUUCAAAAACUUGAUGCACAGACUCGGCUUUGAAAAGUUUUAUGUUCAAGGAGGAGAUUGGGGAUCUCUUAUCGGUGCUAACAUGGCUGCCCUUUACCCGGACAAAGUAACCGGCUUACAUUUGAACAUGUGCACCUCCUCGACGUUGAAAACUCUUUUCUGGACGAUCCUCGGUUCCUAUUUCCCGUCAUUGAUAGGGGUAACUAACGAGAACUACUCGAUGUAUUUGCCCGCCAGCACCGUGCUGUCGACACUGAUCGAAGAGACCGGUUACUUCCAUUUGCAAGCUACGAAGCCGGACACCAUAGGUGCUGCAUUGACGUCGUCGCCCGAUGCUCUGGCGGCGUAUCUCCUGGAAAAGUUCAGUACCUGGACGAACGUCGAGUACAGGCGACGAGACGACGGCGGAAUAUUAGAAAAAUUUACGUUGGACGAACUUUUGGAUAAUAUAAUGGUAUACUGGGUCACCAACAGCAUCACAACGAGCGCCCGACUGUACGCCGAAACCAUGUCUUCGGCUUACAGGAGUUUGAAGAUUGAACAAUUGCCUGUAAAAGUGCCUACAGCAUGCGCAGCAUUCCCAAACGAACUGCUCGUACAAACGAAGAGCUUGCUGAAAGAUAGAUAUCCAAAUAUGAUUCAGUACAACGUGAUGCCGCGCGGUGGACAUUUCGCAGCUUUCGAAGAACCCAGACUGUUGGCCGAUGACGUUUACAGUUUCGUGAAAAGAACGGAAGAACUCGGAAGGAAACCAAACUCGGAGCUUUGACGAAACAACCGGUUAACUGUGUUAUUAUAUUUUUGUAAAUCUCUGUGGUGAAUCUUUUAUACUUUCCGCAGUUAAUAGGAAUAAAAAUGGUGAUAUUGGAAGCCGCUCGUAGAGCAGUUUGUGUGUUGUCAUGCGCGCGUACGACAAUAUAAAUGUACCAUCAUCGUGAGUUACACAGUGCAUAUGUUAGGAAAACAGAAAGUUUUAACAAUAAAUUUCACAUCUUAUUUGA